AUCUCAAAAUUUUCAUCGAUGGCAGAAUCUGAAGACACAAAGAAAAUGUUGACAUUAAAAUCAAACGACGAUAAAGAAUUUGAAGUUGAAGAAGCAGCAAUUAUUCAAUCGGAAAUGAUUAAAAAUAUGAUCGAAGAUGGAUGUGCUACGGGUGUAAUUCCAUUACCAAAUAUCGAUAGUAAAACGUUAACUAAAGUAAUUGAGUAUCUGAAUAAGCACAUUACUAAGGAUGAGGACGAGGAUGAGGACGAAGCCGAUGAUAAAGGAAAGGCUGUGGAAACAGGUGAGGAAGACGAUCUCAAGGAGUUCGAUGAGCAAUUCGUGAGUGUGGAUUGGGAAGAGCUCUUCGAUAUCAUAAUGGCUGCGAAUUAUUUGAACAUUCACGAGUUGAUGGAGUUGUGUUGCCAAUCUGCAGCUGAUAGGCUGAAGAACAAGAGUGUUAGAGCUGUUCGCGAGAUGUUAAAGAUUACGAAUGAUCUUACUGAGGAAGAAGAGAAAGAGAUUAUCAACGAUGCUCCGUGGGCAUUUGAAGGUCCUGAGAUUGAUGAUACCGUUAACUAGGUUAUAGUAAUCGUAUAGUUUAUUAAUAAGUUAGAUAGUCGAGGUGUGUCCAAGCU